AUGAAAGGUCUUGUUGCAUUAAUUACUGGUGGUGCAUCUGGAUUGGGUUUAGCAUGUGCUCAACGGUUUGUUCGACAAGGUGCACGCGUUAUCAUCUGUGAUUUACCAACGUCAAAAGGUUCACAAGUUGUUCAAGCAUUGACUGAUAUGACACAAUCCGUAGCCGCUAAAUCAAAUAUUAAUAAUCCAGAUGAUGAAGAUGACCAACUCGGUAGCAAUAGUGAUGAUUAUACAAAUGUUGAUACAACACAAACGGGAAAUGUUGAUUUAGAAGAACAUCAGAAAUUACUGAGAGGCCAACAAAUAGCAUCAGAUACAUCAUCAUCAUCAUCAUCAUCAUCAUUAUCAUCACAACAAGCCAUUUUUUAUCCAGGUGAUGUUACAAAUGAAAAUGAUGUUCAACAAAUAUUUGACCGUAUUAAACAAACGUACGAUCGAUUAGACGUCGUUGUAAAUUGUGCUGGAAUUGCCUGUGCAUUUCGUACAUAUAAUAUAAAUAAACGAUCGAUGCACGGUUUAGGAGAAUUUCAAAAAGUUAUUAAUGUCAAUGUUUCGGGAACAUUUAAUGUUUUGAGACGGGCAUGCCAUUUAAUGGCUGAUAAUCAACCGAAUGAAAAUGGUCAACGUGGUGUAAUUAUUAACACAGCUAGUGUUGCUGGAUAUGAAGGACAAAUUGGACAAGUGGCUUAUGCAGCGAGUAAAGGUGCCAUUGCAUCGAUGACAUUGCCAUUAGCACGAGAUUUAUCGAAUAUGGGUGUCAGAGUUUGUGCUAUUGCUCCCGGUGUAUUUCAUACGUCGAUACUAAAUGCAUUACCAAUAAGAGUUAAACUAUUAUUAGGUAAUAUGGUACCAUUCCCUAGUCGUGUUGGUAAACCAGAUGAAUUUGCUCACAUGGCACAAUCAAUUAUUGAAAAUCCCUAUUUAAAUGGUGAAGUUAUUCGUUUAGAUGAUUCAUUUUAUUUAAUUCAGUUACAAAAUAUGCAACAACGAACGCGUAACACUCAAAAAUCACAAUUUGGUAUUAUUUUAUUGAUAUUUGAAUUAACUCGAGCUAGUCACAUACCACCGAUUACAUUAGUCAUCAUUGGUUUAAAUAUUCUAAUCUAUUGGGAUAUGAUACCAAUUUCAAUACUUGAAUCAUCCGAUUUAGAAAGUGUAUGUCUUAGUACAAAUUAUGUUUAUGAUAUGGGACAAUAUUCUCGUCUAUUUUUCGCUCCAUUAUUUCAUGGUGAUGAUAUGCACUUGUAUUAUAAUAUGGUAUCAUUUCUAUUUAAAGGACAACAGUUAGAAACAUUAUUCGGAUCAAAAUAUUUUGCUAUUCUUGUUUUUGUUUGUUCUCUAUCAUCUAGUAUAAUGAUUGUUUUACUAGGUCAAAUAGCAUCAGUUUUGUUUGAAAAUCCAUCAUUUGCAUCUCAAUGUGCAAUCGGUUUUUCAGCCGUAAUAUUUGCAUUAAAAGUAAUUACAACACAUUAUACACCAGCAGAUAGACAUUAUGUAUGGGGAAUACCUGUUCCGACAAAAUAUGCUGUAUGGGCAGAAUUAUUCAUUAUACAAUUUAUUACGCCAAAUGUAUCCUUUUUAGGUCAUUUGGCUGGCAUUAUUGUUGGUUUAUUGUAUGUAAAUGGUCCAAUACAAUAUAUUUGUGAAAGUAUAUUUAAUCUAAUUUCAUAG